UGUUAACAGCACAUGUGACGUUUGCCUUAAUAAACUUCCUCUAAAGCUAAACUGUCAUUCCGCGAGCAGAAACUUCCACGCCGCUGCUUCACUUAAACAUUACAAAUCGGUUUAAGACGAAAAGAGUAUUCUUUAUUAACACGUCACGUUCAUUCAGGAGUUGAUCUGUCCUGUAACUAAAGUGUGGAGGAGCGGGAGCUGGACGUGAUGUUUGCCCGGAAAAACAAGCGAGCAGCGGCGCCGAAAGGCCAAGGAGCAGCUGCUGCCAAACAGAUGGGAUUGUUUCUGGAUUUCAAGCCAGAUGAUAUGAUGGACAUGGAUCAAGAUCUGGAUGAUCCAGCUUUAGAAGCAGAAUUUGCUGCCAUUGUUGGGAAAAAACCCAAUGUGGCUCCAAGGGGGAAAAAGCCUAGUAAAGCUCCAUUACCGAUGGAGGAUAUUGCAAAAAUGGCAGAGGCCUGCAUGAAAGACAUCGAUGAUGAUGAAGAUGAAAGUCUGGAGGAUGACGAAGACCUCUUGGCUGAGCUGCAGGAAGUGGUGGAUGAGGAGGAAACGGAAGACUCUGGUACCACAACUCCUGCCUCCCCUGUUAGUGCGGAAACCCCUUCAGCAGAACUGAUGCCAGCCAGCAAGGACACUAAGGUUUCUUCAGUGCCUGGUAGCAUUGAGCACAUGUUAGAGGAGAGAUUAAACCUGUAUAGGAUGGCUGUUAACAAUGCCAAAGCUGCAGGGGAAACCUCUAAAGCUCGGCGAUACGAGAGAGGCCUCAAGACACUACAGACUAUGCUGGCAUCAGUACGGAAAGGAGGGAAGAUUGACGAAACAGAGAUUCCCCCUCCAGUUGCAUGCGGAGCAUCUGGUGGUCCCAGUCGGCCCCCUGCCCCUGCAGCUUCGCCUGAUCAGCACGGGGAGUGUGACAGCGCUGUUGAGAUCUCUCCUGUCUCGGCAGAGGCCGCCCCUGUUGUCAUGGAUCCAGCAUCAAACACUAAAGACGAGUCCUCCAGUGUAACAUCUCCAGCUUCCCUGUCAUCCCCAGAAGACAAACACGCAGCAAGUGGCACUGAAUUGCACUUAGCAGACUUACCGUCCGGACAGCCCGGUAAAGACGUUCUGUUAGAGCGACAGAAGGAAUACAGGAUGGCAGCUCUCAAGGCCAAACAAGCAGGAGAUAUUGACCAAGCCAAAAUGCAUAUGAAGACCAGCAAGGGAUUCGAUGCAGCCAUUGAGGCUUUGGAGAAAGGCCAGCCGGUGAAUAUGAGCUCCCUUCCGCCCCCUCUGUCUCAAGCCUCUACAGUUACUCAGCCUGCACCUCAAAAAGCUGUUUCCUCACCUUCAGCUCCUGACAGUGUUUCUGGCCCAGCUCAGCCCCAGACUGUUCUUGACGCUCUGGAACAGAGGAUGGCCAAGUACAAAGAGGCCUUCACACAAGCUAAGGCCAGCGGAGAUGAGCGCAAAGCCCGCAUGCAUGACCGCAUUGCUAAACAAUACCAGGCUGCCAUCCGUGCCCAUAAAGCAGGCCGACCUGUCAAUUUUGACGAACUUCCAGCCCCUCCAGGCUUUCCUCCAAUCCCAGGCCAGAAGGCUGCCUCUCCAGAGCAGGGAUUGGCUGCAGUGUUGGAAACAGCCAAUAAACUAACAUCUAAUGAAGCUGAAGCUGGUGAUGGUGAAGAGGACGACGAAGAGGGAGAGGAGAAGGUAAAUUCUAAAGCUAAAGCUCCGAAAGUAGGCGACCACAAGAAGCCCACUCUUGCAGUACAGCCAACGGUACAGAAGCCUAAGAGGACCCCUUCACCUUCCCCUGACAGAACGCCUAAAAGAGGAAGUCUGCCUGACACAGCUCAGCAGCAGCUGGAUUUUCUGGAAGGCCGCAAAAAGCAGUACAUGAAAGCAGCGCUGCAGGCAAAGCAGAAGAAUGACCUAGAGCAGGCCAAGACCCACCUGCGAGCAGCAAAGGGUUUGGACCCUAUGAUAGAAGCGGCCCGCAGCGGCAAGAUGGUGGACAUAAGCAAGGUGCCUUCACCGCCUGGAGAUGAGGACGAGGACUUCAUCCUAGUCCAUCACAGUGAUGUUCAGAUCUCAGAGAAGGCUGAGGAGGUCUACACUCAACUCACCAAACUACUCCAAGAGCAAUAUGAGAAAUGUGUGACGUACUCCAAGCAGUUCACACACAUGGGGAAUGUCGCAGAAACAACCAAAUUUGAGAACAUGGCAGAACAAUGUAAGAAGAGCUUGGAGAUUCUUAAACUGGCCCGGAACAGGGGGCUCCAGCCCCCUAAACAUCACUUUGAGGAGAGAACAUAUCGCACUGUCAGGAUUUUCCCGGAGCUCAGUAGCACAGAUAUGGUUGUGGUCAUUGUUAGAGGGAUGAACCUUCCUGCUCCUCCUGGCGUUGCAACAAAUGACUUGGAUGCCUAUGUCAAGUUCGAUUUCCCGUACCCCAGUACAGAUCAACCUCAGAAACAUAAAACAUCAGUCAUCAAAAAUACCAACAACCCAGAGUAUAACCAGAACUUCAAACUGAACAUAAACCGGAACCACCGUGGCUUCAGGAGAGUUAUACAGUCUAAAGGCCUGAAGCUGGAAGUGCUGCACAAAGGCGGCUUCCUGAGAAGUGACAAGCCUGUAGGAACAGCCCAGCUCAAACUGGAGAAACUGGAAACUGAAAGCGAAGUGAGAGAGAUAGUGGAGCUCAUGGAUGGGCGGAAGGCCACAGGUGGUCGUCUGGAGGUGAGGGUGCGUCUCCGAGAGCCCCUGGGUGGGCAGGACCACCAGACUGUCACAGAGCGAUGGCUAGUGCUGGAGGAGCCACAGGUACUGCUGUAACUGACACUGUGAUUUCAUCUUCACAAUGUCUUGAGGUCUCAGCGGUUUUAUCGAAGUGAAUGAAGGUAUGAAAGAUGAAAGCUCAACGGUGCUGCUAGCCUCGGGUACGAACCACCUGAAGGAGAUUGUGAGGAACUUGCUCAACAGAGAGACAGUCACUGACAGAGGGAGUUAGCUUUGUCUUAUCAGGUUAAAAGAGAUUGGACCGGGAUGUAAGAGGUGGGGGGAGGUUAUUAAAAAUACAGGAGAAAUUAAUAGAAGGAGCAGGAAAAUGUGCACCGAUUGCAUGAGAUUGAUAUAGCUUUUUAAAACGGCCCUUUUGAGAUAGAUUAUCUCUUGAUUUUAUAAUAACGCUCACCCCGACUGUUACAUUAAUGCCUUGGAGCAGAAGCCAAUGAGAGGUUUUUUUUUUACUGCUCUGGGAUGCACUUACGCACUAAUGCCAAAGUAAUCACUGCUGCUGCAGUAAGAUGAAUGACUUAAUCUGUUCUCCCUCAAUCUAGGAACCUGUUCCUGCCAUAUCUCAAAUACUAAUGUAUGACUGCUAUGCAAAUGAGUUCUACACGAUUAGCUAUGCAAAACGGUUUGCGUUUGAAUCCCAAACAUUUUGUCAGACAUUUCAAAGCUUGUUUACAUGUGAAUUUACUGUUUGAUUUAUUACGGAUAGGCCGUGUCAAAGUACUGCUGUUAAAUAUUAUAUUCCUUAUAAAUAUUAUUAAAGCCAUGAACCAGCUUUUA